UAAAAAUUUUCGGUUUAUUUAUUUUUUUUGGCAUUUUUCAAUUGAUUGAGUGCAAAUCAGAAGAUGGAAAACGUGAAAAAGAAGUGAUCUUUACAAAAGUCAGUUAUGAAAUCAACAAAAAUAUCAUGACCAUGAAGGUUAAUUUAAAAAAUAACACAAAUGGAAAGCCAACGGUUGAUUUGAAUGCCGAACUAUUUGUUGAUAUACCAAAUGAGCUAUAUAUCAAUAAUAUUAUAUCAAAGCGAGCAUCCGAAUUGGAAUACAAUGCUUUGAUAAAAACCGGUCGAAUAAAUUUAUGUGAUUUUUUCAAGAAUCCCAACCGCGAACCAUUCCUAAAGGUAUUAAUAUCAAAUCUAGGAAAAUAUGGUCGCAUGAUGUUUGAUUGUCCAGUGAAAAAGGGAAAAUAUUACUUAAAAGAUUUUUACAUGGAAGCAAGUGCAUUGCCAUCAUUCACACCGCCCGGCGAUUAUCGCAUCGAUUUUACCGUUAGCCGAAAGGAGAAAGAUGCAUAUGUGCAGAUUUAUCGUAUGCAAUGGUAUGCAACGGUUAUCAACUAAACCAGAUUUCACGUAUUAAUUUCGUUGAAUUGCA